AUGGAGCUUUUCACACGCAUUGAUACUCUCGCCGACGGCAAGCUUGACUUCAAGCUGUACCGGUAUACACCAUCAUUUCCUGCAGCCAUCGUCGCUACGGUCAUUUUCGCCAUCCUUUCCUGCCUUCACAUUUGGCGCCUCACCAAAGCCCGAGCCUGGUACUUUAUUCCGUUCACAAUCGGCGGUGCUUUCGAGACCAUCGGCUACGCUGCCCGAAUUAUAUCCCAUAACAACAAGGAGUCUGUGCCUGCCUACAGCGUCCAAGCGAUUCUUAUCCUCGUUGCGCCCGCCCUCUUCGCCGCCUCGAUCUACAUGAUCCUCGGCCGAAUCAUCAUCUCCCUUAGAGCCCAGCAUCUCUCAUUGAUUCCCGUCCGAUGGUUGACAAAGGUCUUUGUCUGUGGUGACAUCGUAUCCUUCUCGCUACAAGCAGCUGGAGGCGGUAUUCAAGCGUCCGGUACCAUCGAGGCAUAUGACAGAGGAGAGAAGAUCAUCCUCGCUGGUCUGUUCGUUCAGAUCGUCGUGUUCGGCAUCUUCGUUAUUACCUCGGGGCUGUUCCACAGGAAGUGCCUCCAAAACCCGACACUAGCUGCUAGAGAGAAUGCCUUUCCGUGGAAGCUGGACCUCAACGUCUUGUAUACUGUCAGUAUCAUUAUCUUGGUUCGAAGCAUCUUUCGUGUCGUCGAAUACCUUCAGGGCAACGGUGGCUAUUUGAUUUCUCACGAGGUUUUUCUUUACAUCUUUGAUGCAGUUUUGAUGGCUAUUGUCAUGAUUGUUUUCCUUAUUUGGUACGUUGACCACCUUCAAUACAAGGACGGCAAUGAAUACGAUCUCGAACCUUGUGUCGUCGACGAGACAAAUUCGUCUUGA